UAUUGGCCCUGUUGUCGUGGUAUCGCCUUACGCAUCCACCCAGCUGCGUCUUUGAACCCAACCAAAAGCUACGGUACACGAGCAUGCGAGCAACGUGCUGUAUUGUACCACGGGCGCUUAAGUCUGGUCGCUGUGUUAGGGCUACGAUCACAAGAUACUCUUAAGCUGGGGUGGCCCGUACCCUUCUCACACCCCUCUUCCGCGCUGUCAAACCCCCAUUCUCUUGUGCACACGGAUGCACUAGACGGCACUCGAGGAGAUAGUCGUGUUAUAAAAUUGGCUAUGACGCCUGCGAGUGUACUGGUGAGCAUAACUCAGGGACAGCGUGUGGAGGGCGAUCGAUCGCCUUUCAGGCCACUCAGCGUUCGCCACGUAAGUCGACAUUUUCUGCCUCUCUUCCUGGCUCUUCCGACUGAUAUGGCACUCUCAGGACCCCAACUCUCUUCAUCAGCAUUGCUCAUAUCGAUACCGUUGAACGAUCCAAGGAUAAUCGAGCGCCACAUGGACGAAGAAUACGUCGCGAUACUGCCAAAAUCUAGGAGGAUCCCCUCAAGACUGAGCUCACAUCAAGCGUGA